GCUCCUCUCGUUCUCUUUUUUUUUUUUUUUAUUUUAAAGUCGCUCUCCCUUCAAGCAUUCGCGCUCGCGGGUGACUCUCGACUUGGCGCUCGUCCUCGCGCGAGAAAUUAACGCGAGAACCUCCGCGAGUGGCCGGAGUUGACCAUAACCUCUGUGACGUGUCUCUCGCGGCUAGACGCCGCGCCGCGAUGCUCCGCCAACGUCGGGGUUAACGCUUCGCGUCACCGCCGCGUGACAAUUGCACCGCGGCCACGCAAUUAAAUCCCGUUUCGGCCUCUCGUUCGAAUUAGGCGAUCACUGUCACGGAAAGAUCGCGAUAGAGAACCGUGAUUCGCCCCUUCUCCCCUCCCUGCUGAUAUAUAAGUUGGUAUAUGUGUUGUGUUAUAUGAAAAAACUCGUGCGAUCUGCGUGGGAGAUAAGAGGAGCGUACGUCAAUCUGCACAAUCGCGUUUUGUUUCGCUCUCGACUCGUGAUACGGAAAUGUGCUUGCGCGAGGUUCUUCGACGGGACACGUCAAUCGGACAAUUCUGUCGUUUGCAUAGAAUCGCACGCGACGCUGCUGCAAUAUUGAUGAGCGAUCUUAAUAAAAAUCGCUCGUCAAUAUUGCAAAGCCCCGAUCGAAGGACGACGAAGAAAGCGAGAGCGACGAGAUUUCGUACCGGAGCGAGUUUCGGUUUAAGGAGAAAAGAAACGGCAAAAAAAAACGAUGACCUCCCAGCGAAUUUCUCGGGCGACGAAUGUUUCCGUGGACGGAUAGCGGAGCAAAACAUGUAUUUUUUAUGUUCCUCGAUGUGCGUCGCGCUUCUUCACCGGCGCCUCGCAAUGUCGCGCGAGGCUUACUUACGUAAUCAGUUUCUUCAGAAUCUGGGCAAGGUCGAUCGAACCGCGGACGAUAUAUUCGACGAGCAUCUGCAGAACUUCACGAGGCAGCAGAACUCCGCCAACAGACUGCAAAAGGAGUUCAACAAUUACAUCAGGUGUGUUCGAGCGGUGCAGGCCGCCUCGAAGACGCUCAUGGACUCGUUGAAUGAGAUCUACGAGAGCCAGUGGACCGGACAUGAUUUGUUGUACGUGCAGGCACAAAAUCUUGACAUGCUGUGGCAGGAUUUCACUCACAAACUCGCGGACCAGGUUCUUGUACCACUCAACACAUAUCAAAGCCAAUUUCCGGAGAUGAGGAAAAAGGUCGACAAGCGCGGGCGUAAACUAGUGGAUUAUGACAGUCAGAGACACAACUUCCAGUCGUUGCAAUGCAAUCCAAAGAAGAGGGACGAGCUCAAAGUGUCCCGGGGGAAGGAGCUGUUGGAGGAGGCGAAACGUACAUACGAGCAGCUAAAUUCCGAGCUGCACGACGAACUGCCAGCACUAUACGACUCGCGCGUUCUUUUCCUCGUCACAAAUCUACAAACGCUCUUCGCCGCGGAGCAAGUGUUUCACACUGAAAGUGCCAAGGUAUAUUCCGAAUUAGAAGCAAUCGUCGAUAAAUUGGCUAAUGAAAGUCAGCGAGGAUCUUACACACUGAAGAAGAACACGGAACCGCAAUCACCGAAGUCGCCUAACGCGAACUCGUCCCUAAUAAUUAACACGCAGCCAGCGCAGAACAAUAUCUCAGGAGCUUUGGACGAUACCGCGCCCGUUGCCAGAGACACGUCACCGACCACCCAGAUAAACGGGAACGCUAACAGCAACGCUAAUAGCAACGCUAACAGCAAUGAUAACUCUCUCAAUAACCAGGAUGAGUCGCAUCAGAACACAGUCGCGCCUUCCAAACGAGUGGAGGAGCUGUACGAUAUUCCAGUCGGCAGGUCCAUGACUAACGGGGCGGACAAGGUCGUUCUAGAGGCGGAAUAUGAAAAUGCUGCUAAUUUCUCUGUAGGGGCGACAACCGACAAUCUGCCGCCGGGCGUUUUGUACAGGGUUAAAGCCACUUACAAGUACAGCCGCGAGGACGUGGACGAGUUGUCGUUCGACGUCGGCGAGAUUAUUCGCGUCGUGGAGUACGACGAUCCCGAGGAACAGGAGGAAGGCUGGUUAAUGGGUAUCAAGGAGGGCACCACUGAGAAGGGUAUGUUCCCGGCGAACUUCACGAAACCGCUGUGAGAGAGCUGUGCUCGAUUCGCCAUUUACACUCCAAUGCUCAUCAGAGACAGCGUAUUUUACUUCAAAGUAGUUAAAAAGAGUCGCGUAAUUAAGCGGGGAGAUAAGAGUCGCGCGGUCAUGCGAGAAUAAUAUUACGCGCGACACGCAUGUAGGUAAGAGCGCAAACGGAGAGAGAGCA